CUGUUUAAUCUCAUUUCACGUCCUAUCCGAUGAUAAUAAUAAAAUUAUUAUAAUAUAAUAAUAUCAUGAUUAUUCGACUCCCGCCGCUGGGCACCACUGUUGAAAUGCAGUAUGACUUUACACAGAACGCCAACGCGUCUCUCACAAUCGACGUGCAACAUAAUAAUAAUAUAAAUAAUAAAAUAUAAUAAAAAUAUAUUAUAUGCCUGCCAAACAGCGUUAACGACAAUAAUAAUAAUAUAACCGUCUAGCCGCCGCAUCAUGGUCCAAAGGUUGGGAGGAGGUUCGGUAUUAUGGUUUGUCACGGUCGUCGCAAUGUCGACCAGCUCAAAACCACUGCAAUCUGCUGGUCAUGCGAACCACAUGGGAAGUUUAAAGCCUUCGGCGUCGUCGUUGGUCGGCGACACCAUGUCCUCGACGAACGACGUUCCGUUCGACUGGUCUUCCGAUUACGAGAUGGCUGUCGUCUACAUCACGUCCGCUUGGACCGAAUUUGGCGAUGUACGUUCGCCCGACGCACCCCUGGGCAUUAUCGCCGAAAACGGAUUUCUCAAUUACUGCGUGAGGUUCAAGACCAAGUUGGCCGCUUGGGCUAAGUCCUUACAAGACAGGCCCGACGUGAGUGAAACGGUGAAAAAAGCCGUUUCCAGCUGGUAUAGAGCCAUCGACACACUGUCGCAGGACAAUUGGAAUCUUCCGGCCGCGCUCACUUUGGAAUCGUUCAGAAAACAAUUCAUGACCGCGUACAAGCACUUGGUGCUCAACGGUGCCGAAAUCUACGAAAAAUCGGAUUCCGAAAUCGUGAAACGGGACGUGGACGGAUUCACAAGAGACGUUGCCGAUACGAUGAUCGGGAUACUCAAAGGAAUUUCG